ACAAAAACAUAAAUUUAACAUAUACCCCUGUGUAAAAAGGAGAGGGGGAAAAAAACAAUAUAAGGGGUUUAGGGGUGCAGAUGAUGUAGUGUUUAGGUCACAUUAGGUCAAGUGUAAAUUCUUUUUUUUAACAUACUGAUUUAUAAUUAUGCCGUACCCUGCAAACCAUUCUCUGAGCUGAAAUUAAUCCUAUCCUCUGCCCAUUUUAUGCACGAGUACCAUAUGUUGCUAUAGAUACUGUCAACUUUUGCAAAUGGUCUGAAUACUUUUGUCUAUAUCAUAUUUAGGUUUUUUUAUUAUUAUUAAUAAGUUUGGGGGGGUCUAACGUUCUUUUUUCAAUUUGUGAAGGUAAGUACUGAGGGUUAAUGAAUGAGAAUACUUUUUUUUUCCAUUUUAACAUCAGUUUGCAGCAUAAAAAUGAAAAAUUUAAAGGAGGUCUGAAUACUUUUUGAAUGCACUGUGUGUAUGGGUAAUGUACAGGGCUAACUGGAUAUUGUAGAUUUUAGUAUUAAGGUAUGUCAGUCAAUUUUACAUCUAGAAAAAAACCUCUAACAAGUGAAGAUAAAAAUUUUAAGGACAUUUUAUGACCCUAAACACUAAAAUAUUUAUUCCGCACUAUAUAAAAUGUGCCUGAUUUUCUUCACUGAAAUGUCUAUUUAAAAAAACAUGAAUACUUUGUUUUAUAAAUAUUUUGCAGUCUUUCAUUCCCUCAAAUAUUUCCAACAGUUUUCCAAACAAAAAAAAAAUUGCAAUCUUAAUUGUAACAAGACACAUCAUGUUACAGUGGCUGUCAUGAUGGAGACACCCUGUCUGUCAUGGAUGUAGGUGUGUCACAGGAGGCACAUCUAAGUGACACUUUUCAUAGGUAGGGAUCAGGUAUUAUAAUGAGGUAAUUUUCUGAACAUGUGCGUGCAUAACCUUUUGAAUUAUUUUUGGUCAAUGCCAAUUUUGGGAUUUUGGCGCAUGUGAAAUUUUAGUCAGGAUUCUAUGCAAAGUUUUAUGAAUGAGAUAAUCAAGUUUUCUUAUUAUUUUGUGUGAGAGCCCCAUGGCAGUGAAAUUCAAACACUGCAUUUAAUUUGAAAAUGCCUAUGAAAGACUUCAAGGACCCUCAGGAAUCCUUUAAAAUAAAAUGUAAUUUAAUACAUUUUAAAGCUCCUAUAAGUGAUUUUAGUUUGUGUUAAUUUUGAUGCCACUUGCUGACAAAACGAUACCUCUUAUCUUUAUCUUGAUUUUGUUAUAUACAUACACAAGUGUUUUUUUUUUUUUUUUUUUGGUGCGUUUUGUUUUUUUUACAAAAAUAUCAUCUGCUCACGUUAAAGCUUCAAAUAUCUCAGACACUGAGAGUUUGUAUCUGCAAAAAUUGUAAAAAAAAAAAAGGAGGAAAAGCUGUUCCUGCAGCAUACAGGAAGUUGUCACCCUGCCUGACAACUUCCCUAAAGCAGGGGGUUAAAAGCAGUAAAAUAACUAUUUAAAUAAUGUUGCCCCUGAUUAUCUUGGCAUCAAUAUAAAUUUCAAUCUAUUUUAUAACCAAUUUUCAAUUUUCCAACAGAAGCUUUAAAAAACAGGGAACACACAAACCACCUGUAAAUAACUCAGAGGGGUGUGGCCUUUCCCCGAAAAUGGCCCCAAACAAAAAAAGUUAUCAGCUGCAACAGGACGGCUGUUUAACAGGCUUCGACAUGCAGCUCUCACACUUAUAUGAUGAAAUACAGCUGACUGGAAGACUCAAAAAGGUGCAUAGAAGUAGCUUAUGAAAUGACCAAAAAGAAGUAAUUAAUGGACAUCUUUGCUGCCUUUCUCAGGCUGCCUUCAUUACUGUCAUCAUGAGAGCUUGUUUUAGCAAACCAGAAGAACCAGGUUUAACCACCACAGAGCUUCAGGAAGCCUGCGCUCAGACAAAACCGCUGUCAAUUUGUGACAGUCAUGCUGGAGGAGAAAGAGGAACAUGACGGCUGCAGCAUUAACAUUAGCAAGUUUUACAACGGUUACUUUUGAAACACAGUCAUGGAUGAAGACUUUGGAUGUUUAGACGACGUGUCAAGACAGAAUGGGAGCAACUCUCUCCUCCUGAUGCAGCAGGGUACACCAGGAGAAGUUUUCUUGAAGGGCCUUGCUGUCCUCCCUCUUCACCUGGCUGCCUCUUACAGAAGAUUAAAGAGCAUGGAGCGACUGCUCUCAGCAGGGGCAGACCCCGAAACAAGGGACCAGUUGGGUCGAACCACUCUACAUGUGGUGAUAGCCAGUUGGCCUUGCCUUGGCACAGGUUUGCCAAACCCAGAAUUCAAAUUCCCUACGGCUUUAACCAGUGCUCAGAAGCAGGCAGAGGCCUGUCUGCGGCUCCUCUGUGAGCACAGUGUUAAUAUAAAUGCAGAGGUGGAGGGAGGUCACCAAACGGCUCUCCACCUUUCAGUACGCUACGCUGCACUGCCUGCUGUCCAAAUUCUCUCCAGCUAUGGAGCUAAUAUCAACGCUGUGGACAGUAGUGGGAUGACUCCCCUGCAUAUGGCUGCUGGGAUGUUACAUAAGGACCUCAUAGCAAGCUUGAUCAAGGAGGGAGCAGAUGUCAACAUGGGGGUGAAACACUCCGGGAAUACUCCUCUGCACCUCGCUACUGUUGCAAUGGCUAUGAAGACCAGUAAAACCCUGGAGGAGGACAUCAGCUGCCUCUCUGAGCUUCUCAAGCAGGGGGCUGAGGUUGAUUCAGUGAACAAGGCUGGUUUUACGCCCUUACACGAAGUGUGCAGCAUGGGCAGUAAGGAGCUGGUGGACCUGCUGCUUGAACAUGGAGCCAACAUCAACAAGCUGAGCAAAAGCGGGGAGAACUGUCUCUUUCUGUUCCUGAACCACAGGAUGAACGUGAGGAACCAAUCCCUGCUGGUGAAAUUGCUCAGUCUUACCUCUCCUCUCACCGUCUACAACCACAGCGGCCUCCUGCCCUUCACUCUGACUCUACCAUGUUUCUUUAAACAAAGAGAGCAGCUAUUCAAAGUCAUUCAGCAGCCCAGGAGGCUUCACGAUAUCUGCAAGUGUGAGAUUUAUCUAAAAUACGUUCAAAGUGAAAGAGAGGUGGUGAGGAAAGUCCUUCCCAAGAAGCUUUAUGACUUUGUGUUCAACAGCUGGGAGAACUUAUACAACAUUACCUUUGAGAGUGAUGCCAAACAGGACUCAUUCACUAACUUGUUUACAUUGACUCCUACCUGAAAACUGGAUGUGGUUGCAUGUGUUGAAAUUUGUUAAUUUGGUGAGCCUAAAUCAUACAAACACUUGUUAAAGAAAUAAAAACUCCCA